AUCGAAAAAAAUAAAAUAAAAAAUGAAAUAUUCCAAGCCGGGUGUGAUAUAGAAAAUUUCCCAUUUGACGUUAGUAAAAGGAAUGAGAAAACAGAGUGUUUCAAAUUUGGGCAAAAAGCUUCUACAUUUCGGAGGCGGCCACACCUUAUCACUGCUAGCAGCGCCGCCGCAACCCACAUCCGUUCUUUGCCGUUGAGCUCGGGGACAAUCGAAUGGGCAAUCCAAAGCAGAAGUGGACCUCCGAAGAGGAGGAAGCUCUGCGCGCCGGGAUCGCCAAGCACGGCGCCGGAAAGUGGAAAAAUAUUCAGCGAGACCCCGAAUUCAACCACCUCCUCUUCUCUCGCUCCAACAUUGACCUCAAGGUCUUCCUUCCGGUUCCAUCUGGAGAAGAAUUCUGUCAUUUUUUAAGUGAAGGACAAAACUUUGUUUGGGAUAAAUGGCGGAACUUGAGUGUAGCCAACGGCCAAGGGCCAAGAGAUAAAUCAAAGACACCAAAAACAAAGGCGAAUCCUGCUGAAGCCCCUGCGACUUCACUCCUCAUUGCACAGACCACUGCAUCUGUUCCAUCUUGUCAGGAUGCGUCAACUGAUGUAGUCAUGUUAGAUUCUUCAAGGCCCUUACCUGAUGGAAAUAAUGCUUCCAAGUAUAAUUCAAUGAUAUUUGAAGCAUUGUCUACUCUUCAAGAGCCAAAUGGUUCAGAUUCUGGUGCAAUCGCUAAUUAUAUUGAGCAAAGGCAGGAAGUACCACAAAAUUUCAAGAGGGCACUGAGUUCUAGAUUGAGGAGGCUUGUGCAGCAAGAUAAACUUGAAAAGGUUCAGAAUAAUUGCUACAGAAUCAAAAGUAAAACAGAGCUAGACACAAGAAUCCCCAUAGCAAGACCGAGAGAACUGCAGCCCAGACAAGUCCAGAGCAUUGGUUAUCUAGUCAAUACAGUCGAGGAAGCAGCUGUGUCUGCUGCUUAUGAAAUCGCAGAAGCUGAAAACAAAUCAUUUGUUGCUGCUGAAGCAGUGAAAGAGGCGGAAAGGGUUACCAUGAUGGCUGAGGACAUGGAAUCACUCCUCCAGUUCGCUACAGAUUGUCACGACCAAAGUAUGCGAGGCGAAAUUGUUCUGAUGGCAUAGGAUCUAUCUACAGUAGAGAAAUAUCGAUAACUUAUUUCAGAAAUGUGUAAAUAACUAAGCAGUAGUUGUAUUUUUGUAGACGAAGUAUGCGUGCAAUUGUUGUACUAUAACUUAAAUUCAUUUACCAGAAAUGAAAAGAUUCUUCAAGCUCG